CCAUAGUGACCAAUCAACGCAGAGAGUUUACGAGCAACGUACCACCUCCUGUUAACUCUGAAGUCAUCAUAAACGGGAUAGCAGAAAGCAUGGAGUGCAUCAUUCAGGCCAGCGAUGGCUCCAUGUUGGAGUUUCUACCAUAUUACAACAUCCUCUGUGAGGUAUGCUAAGUUGGGGCCAGAGGAGCAGCAAUGGGACCGGUUGUUCAGGCAAGGAACGCCCGAAGAGACCCUCACACAGGCAGAGCCAAGGUGAAGACCGGCUGUCGCACAUGCAAGCUCCGAAGGGUCAAGUGUGACGAAGGACGGCCGGUUUGUGGACGAUGCUCAUCUGCUGGUCGCGUGUGCGAGGGAUAUGGCAUUUGGGGCGGAGGCAGUCUCUGCGCCUACCGUGCAGCAUCAACCCGUUCCUCGGCGACCUCCAGUGCUAGUGCCAGCGUCAGUCCGUCGCCACCAGCGUGCAUCUCUAUCCUCGCUAUCGGUCUCGAGGAGGGACACCACUACGACUGGUUUAGAUGUCGGACGGCGACAAAGAUACCGGGCAUGUUCGUUUCAGCGUCCUUCUGGAACACCGUCGUCUUUCAAGCUUGUUUGAGCGAACCGGCAGUCUUGCAUGCUGCACUCACCUUGAGCUGCGUCCAUAAAAGUGCAAUUUGCUGUACGGACGACAAUCCAGAAAGUACUACCGACAACCUCGACAACCAGGAGACCUUCUUGUUGCAACAAUAUCUCAAGGCGAUCAGGCAUCUGCGCCCGCUCCUUUCGAAGCGUGAUAGGAACUCCGUUCGGAUCGCCUUGGUCGCCUGCGUACUGUUUGUUUGCCUCGAAUUUCUUCGUGGCUACUUCCAAACAGCCCAAGCCCACCUGCAAAAUGGCUUGAAGGUGCUGGCCGAGACGAGAGCAGGAGGUUCCACGUGUGGAAACAGCAGUGUUCUCCCUUUGCAGGCUAGAGGUGAAGUCGUUGACGAACAUAUUGUCGAAGCGUUGUACAGGCUACAUGUGCAGGUUGAGCUCUUCAACUCGACGUACCAAGAACCUUGCCUGGUCCUGCAACAGCCUCGUUUGGUGUCCUCACCUAUCAGGUUCGACACCGUCACAGAAGCCUCGAAAGGAAUGGACGGUUUGUUGAACAGAAUACUCUGUCUAUCUCAGCAAGCGUCUCAGCCAAAGAGCUCUCAAACUGCGUCCAGUCAAUAUCCUUCCACAUUGAGCAGUUGUCAGCAACGCAUCAAUGCAGAUCUGAGACAUUGGCUUGACGCAUUCGAGGCUUCUGCUGAAGCUCUGCGGAAGGAGGCGCAGCUUAAACCUUUCAUUUGCGAGCUACUAAGAGGCUAUCACACGAUGGCAACCAUCAUGGCAGACGCCUGUCUCCACGGCUAUGACGAGGCCAUCUUUGACUCAUACACGGAACAAUUCGUCGCAAUCGUGGCCGUCUUUUCAAAUCACAGGGGGACGCGGCCGAGUUGCGACGAUUCCUCAAACCCCCAAGAGACGCGGCCGGCGACGGUAACUUCACAGGCCUCAUGCCAGGGCCUGAAUAUGGCAAGGUCUGUCAUUGACAUCGGCUGGAUCCCACCACUUUACUACACGGCUCUCAAGUGCCGCGUCCCUCGAGUCAGGCUGCAGGCUAUCCAGCUUCUCGAGUCCACGUCUCACCGGGAGGGGAUCUGGGAUUCCAGGAUUGCGGCGCGUGUCUGUCGUAAGGUCAUGGAACUCGAAGAAGGCACAUGCCAUGAUGCUGUCUACACACAAAACGAGCUCCAGGUCUGCAGCUCUCUCAGCCAACAGGAUCCUCUGAUGUCGACGGUACCACGAUCCUGCCGGGUAAACGAAGUCAAGGUGGUGCUGCCCAAUAGUCCCACAGACAGUCUUUUCCUGGUGUGCAGGCGGAGACUUGAUACGGGAGCAUGGAAGGAGUGGACGGAAGAAUGCAACUCGCCCUGGACAUGAUGUCUCGAAAAAAGUCACUUGGUCGGGAAACACCAAGACAGGCGCAUUCAAUGGCCAGAACAAAGAAGAUUAUUUUGUCAUAUUGUGCUUGAGCACCAUACUGAGAACCAUACUCGAGCACACCCUCCGCACUGGUCCGGCGUUCGGGCUGUUCCAUGGUAAGUAUCAUAUUUCUUCGACCAGUUUUUUUCAAUUCUCAACAAUCGCCCACUCUGGCUUUUUAUUGUUUUGC